GGUGCGUCUCCGGAAUUGGUUUUGAGCCUGGUGGUAUAGAGAGUUUGCAGCUUACUAUAGUCGUGUCGUUUGCUGUCACUGAAAUGUCAAAAACUGUCGCUUAUUUUUACGACCCGGAUGUGGGGAACUUUCAUUAUGGCACUGGUCAUCCAAUGAAACCUCACCGUUUGGCUCUUACACACAGUCUGGUUCUCCACUAUGGUCUUUAUAAGAAGAUGAUUAUGUUUAAGCCCUACCAGGCUUCACAACAUGACAUGUGCCGCUUCCACUCAGAAGAUUAUAUAGACUUCCUGCAGAGGGUUAGCCCCAAUAACAUGCAGGGCUUCACCAAGAGCCUCAAUGCAUUCAACGUUGGUGAUGACUGCCCAGUUUUUCCCGGCCUGUUUGAAUUCUGUUCUCGUUAUACUGGAGCCUCUCUCCAAGGAGCAACACAGCUAAAUAACAAGAUCUGUGAUAUUGCAAUUAACUGGGCUGGAGGACUGCACCAUGCCAAAAAAUUUGAGGCAUCUGGAUUUUGCUACGUUAACGACAUUGUUAUCGGCAUUCUGGAACUACUCAAAUAUCAUCCACGAGUUUUGUACGUAGAUAUUGAUAUACAUCAUGGAGAUGGGGUACAGGAAGCAUUCUAUCUUACUGAUCGAGUCAUGACAGUGUCUUUUCACAAAUAUGGAAACUAUUUUUUCCCUGGCACAGGUGACAUGUAUGAGGUUGGAGCUGAAAGUGGGAGAUAUUACUGUCUGAAUGUUCCUUUGAGAGAUGGAAUAGAUGAUCAAAGUUACAGACACCUUUUCCAGCCGGUCAUCAAACAAGUAAUAGACUUUUACCAGCCAACCUGUAUUGUUUUACAGUGUGGAGCAGACUCACUUGGCUGUGAUCGUCUGGGCUGCUUUAACUUGAGUAUAAGAGGACAUGGGGACUGUGUGCAAUACGUGAAAAGUUUUAAUAUUCCACUACUGGUCCUAGGGGGAGGAGGAUACACUGUGCGUAAUGUAGCACGAUGCUGGACUUAUGAAACCUCAUUACUGGUAGAUGAGACGAUCAGUGAAGAGCUCCCCUACAGUGAAUACUUUGAGUACUUCGCACCAGAUUUCACACUCCACCCAGAUGUUAGCACCAGGAUUGAAAACCAAAAUACGAGACAGUAUUUAGAUCAAAUCAGACAGACUAUUUUUGAAAAUUUGAAAAUGCUGAAUCAUGCACCAAGUGUUCAGAUCCAUGAUGUCCCAUCAGAUCUUCUGAGUUAUGAACGCACAGAAGAGCCAGAUCCUGAAGAGAGAGGCUCAGAGGAAAACUACAGUAGGCCUGAAGCAUCAAAUGAGUUUUAUGAUGGAGAUCAUGACAAUGACAAAGAGAGUGAUGUUGAGAUUUGAGUGAAUGCCCAUAAUUGGAUUUUAAAUAUUUGCGAUCAUAGUAGACUGACGCAUCGCUUUGCCAUAUUAUGGCUCCUAUUCAUACCUGUGAAGAGUUUGGACCACAGUUGUUUGUUUAAUGGAUCCAAAUUUUGUUAUCCUGUGGAGUUUCAUAAGACCAUGUUAUCAAUGGAACAGGAUCAUGAUUACCUCUUCUGUCACAAUGUGAAAACUUGUAUCGGAACCAGGAGGCUAAGAGGGGUUGUAAUGCAUCUGCUCCAGUUAUGAGGUGCCCUAAAAACAGAAGUGUGCUUUGUCAAACAUAACAAAUACUGUACAUACACCCUGUACAAUGUUUUACGAUACAGCAACUCCUUGGUGGAACAUGCUGUAUUUAUUUUUGCUAACAAAACAAGUUCUAUUGUUUUUAUCUAAGAUUUUAUUUGUUCAGAUUGUUUCAUCAGAAGACUUACAGAUCCAAGACUGAUGACAUAUAUGCCCUGAUAUCAUGUUGUUUGUUAUAGUAAAUAAUUAGACAUUCUA